AUGUCUCCUACCAAGCGCGCUCUUAUCGCCAUCACCUCGGCCCACGUUGACAUGUACGGAGAGGGCAAGGAGACUGGCCUGUUCGUCACUGAGGCUCUGCACCCCUUCAACGUCCUCCGCGAAGCUGGUUUCGAGGUCGACCUCGCUAGCGAGACCGGCACUUACGUCCCCGACUGGCUCUCCACCACCGAGGACUGGCUGCCGGCCGAGGACCGCAAGGUGUUCGAGGACCACACCUCCGAGUUCCGUUCCAAGCUUGACAACUUGCACAAGGCCUCGGAUCUCAAGGCGUCUGACUACGGCCUCUUCUUCGCCUCGGCCGGCCACGCCAGCUUGAUCGACUACCCCACCGCCAAGUCCCUCCAGGCCAUUGCCAGCGAGGUUUACACCAACGGCGGUGUUGUCAGCGCUGUGUGCCACGGCGGUGCCAUCUUCCUCGGCAUCAACGACAAGAACGGCCGCCCCAUCAUUGAGGGCAAGACCGUUACUGGCUUCACCAACCUCGGUGAAGAGCAGCUGGGUCACGUCGAGACUAUCAAGAACUGGCACGUCCCCACCAUUGAGGCGAGCGCCGCCCAGCUCGGUGCCAACUACGUCGCUCCCCCUGGCCCUUGGGACUCGUUCACCCAGACCGACGGCCGUGUCGUCACCGGCGCCAACCCCGCAAGUGCCGAGGCUACCGCCAAGGCCGCCCUCGCCGUCUUCAACACCCUCUAA